GGAGGCUUCCAGUAUCACCCCUGCCGUCUUCCCGAGCCCCGACGCGGCGGCGCCGGCGGAGGCGCUCUCCUCCUCGCCCGCGCACGUCGCUGCUCCGCUCGGCGCUCGCACCCAUGGAUUCCUCACCGGCCCCUGGCCCCGCCACCGCCGUCGCCGCCCCUGCGCUCGAGGACUGCCUCCGCCUCCUCCGCGGCGAGCGCGACGAGCAGAAGCUGGCGGGCCUCCUCGUCGCCGCCAACGUCUGCCGCGCGGGCGACGCCGCCGCCGUCGUGGAGGUGUACCGCGCCGUCGGGCCCCGGUUCCUCCGCCGCCUGAUCAACACAGGGCUGGGGAAAGUGGAGGGUGGGAAGGAGGAAGAGAGGGAGGCGUACCUGCGUCUCGCGGUGACGGUGCUCUCCGGGCUUGCUCGCAUCCCGGAGGUUGCGGCCGACGAGGGGGUCGUCUCCACUGUGCCCCUCAUUGCCGAGAUUGUAUCCAAAUCGUCUGAUCUGACGAUCACUGAAGAAUGUUUUGAACUCCUGUCUCUCAUUGCAAUAGCUUCAGAUGGUGGGGCGUAUAAGUUUUGUGAGCCUGGAGUGAUGGACAUCUUCCUUCAAAUCUCAAACUUUCCAGACGGUUCAAGGUGCUCCGAGCUUGCCAUUCAUCUAAUGCAGCUACUUGUUCAUAAACUCAGACUAGACAACUUGUCUGUCGAGAAACUGCAAGCCAUGGCAGGCAUGGUGACUUCACUUGCUAGGCUUUUCGCUGUUCUUCACACUGCAAUUAAAUUUGAAUCACUGCACAUGCUUACGGCCCUUCUGUCCCAAAAGGAAUCUCCACUUCAUGAUGCUUUGAGAUCAGUGCCUUCCACGAUUUGGAAAUCUCAAAUUCGAGUUGGGAUCACAGACGUUCUCCAGAACCGUGUUGUAUCUUCUGAAAAGUUGCAAGCUCUUCUUUUGGCGGAGUGCAUGAUGUCUAUACUAGGUGAAAAUUGGUUGUCAGAAGAUUAUAAAUUCCCUGAUGACCAGAAUAUGAUGCCUGUUGACAAAUUUGUAUUGCUUGUUCUAGAAUCUGCAAGAAUUGAAGUUUCUGUCCUUCUAAAUGAGCUUGCUUAUUUGAAGUAUGAAUCUUCAAAAAAUUUCCAGAGAGAUGAUAUCAGUCAGAAAGAGAAAAACCUGGCUAUAUUAUUUUCUCUAAUAGAAAGAAUAAUAAAAAUGAUAUCAAAUGCCAGCGGUGGAGAAGGUGCAUCAUGUCAGACUAUCCGUGAGAGCACCAUCAUGAAAGCAAUUACUGGAUUAAACGAGACAGUCGGUUUAGUUCUAGACUUUCUGCAGGAUGCAAAGGAUCAUGGGCAAAAGAAAGGUGAUGAUCUUUUGGCAGCUGUGAGAAUAGUAGGAAGUUAUCUGGCAGAGGCGCCAUAUGCCUGUAAGGAGAAGAUUAGACAUCUGCUGGAGUUUAUCUUCUCUGUUGAAGGUCGAGAUGAAUCAAGCCCAUUCCAUUCAAUUUGUUUUAUGAUUCCAAUGCUUUCCCAAAUAACAACGGAGGAUGAUGGAUGUAGAGCUUUGGUAUCAUUUGAAGGCUAUAAAAUGGUUAUAGAGUGCCUUAUUAAAAUGACCGAACAGGAUGGAAUGAUGGUUGACACUGGUAGCAUUUUUUUAGCAUGUGAUACCAUCAUUAACUUUUUGAAAAAUAUGAAAAAAGCUCAUAUCCGAAUGGAAUCUUGUUUUGUCCGCCUUCUACAAGCACUUGUUGCAUGGUCUGGAUCCGCCGAUGAUUCAUCAGUUACCAUGACAGCCUCCUGCUUAGGCACGUUGGUGAUGGACUUAACAACAGAAGAGUUUUUAUUGAGCUGCUCUGAUUUUGAUUCCAAGACACUUGAGAGCCUAUCGCAACUUAUUGCUAGAAGUUUAUAUCAGGACAUUCCUGACGAUGAUAUGGAACAAUCCAACCAAAAGCAAAUCAUACUAUCAGGUUACAGGCGGUGGUCUGAUAGAUAUCCACAUGUCACAACCAUCCUGCAGCAGCAUGUUUCUGUGUGAUUUCUGCUUAUGAACGCCGUCAAAGAUUCAUUCUCUUGUCAACGCAGAACCCCACGAAUACAAACCUUAAGUGCAAGUAUGCCCAUACCAGAUAUUCAAUCUUAGGGGUUUGCGAAAUGUCAAUGCAUUCUUUGUGGGGGCAAGCAAAUCUAGGUUACAGUAGUUCUCAAGUGGCAGCUCACUGGUUCCUCCAUGUAACAGCGAACUGGUACACCGAAACGGAUAAGCAAGAUGCCAUUGUAUACAGUGUCCUGUUGCUUGGCAGUGCACGAUAGUGGAAGGAGCACAUGCGAAGGGAAAGUAUCGGGCAUUAUUUCCGUCUCUUUUCUCCUGUCCACUUGUACAGAUUCACCUUUUGUGUGUUGUAUCGAUGAGUAUUUGUGUAAUGGAAGGCUUUAAUGUACAAAUAAGUCGCUUGAA